UAAUGACGCAGAUCGUUGUUUGAAAAUGGCGUCCAAAACAAGGCCAGCGAGUGAAAAUUAUCUAAGAAAGAUAUCCAAACCAGUUAUAAGCACAGAUGUUAUGGGUAACAGAAAUGUUGAAAUCAGAGCCGUUGGUGCAUGGGUUCAGCCAUCCAUUUCUGUACACUCAGAAGGCGUAACUGCAGCACAAGAGGAAGAUGCAAGGAUUAAAAGAAUGCAACAAGAAAAGGAAGCAAGAUUGCAAAAAUUUAAAGAUGAUGUUAAACACAGAGUGAGAUUAAUGGAGAGAGCAAGAAAACAACAAGAAACUGAAAAGAGUUACAGAGCUGUUGAGCAUGAGCGAAAAGUUGUCCGACAGAGUGCCUUUUCAAAGGAAAACACGCUUCCAAGGAAAGAUAACUGUAUUGUACAGAGGAACCAUGCCCUGACCAUCAAGCAACGUAACACAUCAUCAUCUUUUGCUGAGGACCAUAGGGAUGCUACAAACAAAGCUUUUCAAGAUCAGACAAACCAGAUACACAAAUUCACAUCGCAGGCUCGUAAGAAACUCAGUUCUAAACAGGUGAUCACAGAAGAUUUCAUACCAGAUGAUUUGCCAGGUGGUGUCUGGAAAGUGUCUAGGACAAGAGAUCAUCCAUCCUCGCGACACACCAUGGAACCUACCGUCAUUGAACUGAAUGAUGAAGAUGAGGAGGAGGAGGAUGACAUAUGGCAGUCUCAAACAGAUCAGCCAAAAAUUGUCAUCCCUACAGGAAGUCAAGAUGUUGACGACAACCUCGAAAACAUGAAACAAAUGAAAAUGGUACACUUUGAUUUGGAACCAAGCAAAGAUGAAUCAAGGAAGGAGAGAAUAGCAAGGAAAACAAUCACAACGAUAAGUGGUACCCAGAUCAACAGAUCAGUCCCACAUGUGCCAAACAUUUAUAUGGGGGUGCAGUCAGAAGAGGAGAAGCAACGCCUUAAGAGUCAGCAGGCAACCUAUAGACGUUUGUUCAUGGAUAUUGAGAGAGAACAAGUGAAAGAGAAUCUAAAACGCAAGGAGCAUAGGAAACGUAUACAGAGGUUGAAGAAGGAAAAAGAAGAGGAGAGAAGAGAAGAAGAGGAGAAGUCACGUCGUUUUGUUGAGCCCCGGGACCCCGUCACGGGAGAAACUUCCCUCCAGACUUUGACACGUGAAAUUGAAGAGCAGGAGCAGGUGAAAGAAACGCUACGUCGGAACCAACUUAGACUCAAGAAGCUCAGGGAAAUGGAAAGGUUUGUUGAAGCACUCAGGGCACAGCUCAGGGAAAAGAUUGAACUGAAGGGGAUACAGUUACCUCCCCUUUGUUGCUGUGGCAUCUCUGUGUGGGACACCAACCCAGAAACUUGUGCUAACAACUGUGUAUUCUAUAAAAACCCUAGAGGUUUUGCCAAAGCGCUGCAGUCAUUGCUGAUUUCUUGUGAUGUGUCCUGAUAAGGAAAGAUGGACCUGCUCAGUCAUCAGUAUUUAAAAAUUCACCACACAUUAGUGAAUAGCAUUAAAAUGGAAGAAUUAACCUUUUGGACUCAAUGAAUUGAAGAGGAUGAUCUCUUCACUUUGGGAACUUGCUCUAAUUGGGCCAGCUGACUGUCAUAAAAAGUGGUCUGCUACCAUUGAUGUAGUUAGAUUGGUUGAUGUUCAUUCUAGAGUAAAAUGAACUAGACUCCAUAAAAAAAUUGCUAUGUUGCAAGUCCCUCCAUUGAUUUGAAAGUUUUUAUCCCUCCGCUCCCAAACAAAGACCAUGUUUUCAUGUUUUCUAACGAAAGGAAUACAUUGACAUAUCUGAAACAAGCACUGGAACAGUUUUAUGGAAAUGAUGGACAGAAGUCCAAAGUCAUUGCUGGAUGAUGACAAAAUUACGAAAACAUUACCCUAUAGAUUUUCUUAGUCUAAUAAAGGGUCUUUCUGAUAAGUAGAAAGAGGAAAUGUAUGGCUAUACUUAACAAAGCUUAUAUUUAUAGCAGUCUGUAGCUACAUAUAUGUGUUAAUGGAAAAGGGGAUCAACCAUAUUAUGAAAUGUUUGAUGCGAGAACUAUGUGGACUUUCAUUUUGAAGAUGAAGCUUUAUGUAUACAUGUACAUUGCUGUAGGAUCAUACUAAAAGGAUAUAAUGAAGGAUCCCUGUCCUGCUGCUGGCAAAAGUCUAGUGAAUUCCCCUGUAGUUUUUCCUACACACAGUGACCUCCCCUACAGUGACCUCCCCUACAGUGACCUCCCCUACAGUGACCUCCCCUACAGUGACCUCCCCUACAGUGAUCUCCCCUACAGUGACCUCCCCUACAGUGAACUCCCCUAAAGUGACCUCCUCUACAGUGACCUCCUCUACAGUGACCUCCCCUACAGUGACCUCCCCUACAGUGAUCUCCCCUACAGUGAUCUCCCCUACAGUGAUCUCCUCUACAGUGAUCUCCCCUACAGUGACCUCCCCUACAGUGACCUCCUCUACAGUGACCUCCCCUACAGUGACCUCCCCUACAGUGAUCUCCCCUACAGUGAUCUCCCCUACAGUGAUCUCCUCUACAGUGAUUUCCCCUACAGUGACCUCCCCUACAGUGACCUCCUCUACAGUGAUCUCCUCUACAGUGACCUCCCCUACAGUGACCUCCUCUACAGUGAUCUCCCCUACAGUGACCUCCCCUACAGUGAUCUCCUCUACAGUGAUCUCCCCUACAGUGAUCUCCUCUACAGUGAUUUCCCCUACAGUGACCUCCCCUACAGUGACCUCCUCUACAGUGACCUCCCCUACAGUGACCUCCCCUACAGUGACACUUCUGUUGACCGGGAAGCACAGUUGGUUAGAGCGAGAGUAGAGGUUCAGGGUUCGAAUCCUAGUCUGGCCCUUGUUAUACUUUUACAAUCGUAACAUAUUGGUUAAUUAUUUUUCUCUCGUCUUUUUGGUAUUUUUUAUAAGAGUCCCAGAAGGAAUGCUUUUGUUUUCAGGAAUGGUAUAACAGGAAUAGGCAUGCAGGAAAACUCUGUUUCCCACGAGUAGUUACAGGUUUUGGCAGUGGGACAGGGAUCCUUAAGUGCUCCAGAGAGCUUACACUUGCAUAGUAAAAAGUUAAUUUAUUUUUGUAGUUACUAUGCCAGUAUGAGCCACAUGUCAGUGGCUUCUGAUAACAAUGGUAGUGUGCAUGACUUAGAAGUAAAUAUUAUGACAUUCAUGACCUUUCAUUGUCAUAUGACUGAUAUCUGUUGUUGAUCUGGCAACUCGGCCAAACCCAGAGAAAAUCUCUGUUUGUAGUUGGGUUGAAUGAAGGGGCAUCCUCAAUACUACAGGGGUUAUGCUCACCUCUCUGCACCCCUGGAAUAUAUCAUAGCAAAAUUGAAAGUGCAUGUCUAGCUAUUUGAUGGGGCUCGGGUAAAAAAACAAUCUGUCCAAUUGUUAGGCCAAGACCUGUCCUUUGAAGAUAACAGAGGAGCUCCGUCCGACUUCAAUGCCUGUCAUUUUUACCAUUACGCUGUGGCAGGAUUCCUUUGAUGUGCAUCAAAGAAUCAAAAUAGUCUUCUUGUCUCAUCAUCAAAUGUCUCGCACAAGGAGUCUGACAUAUUCCAGGGGUGCAGAGAACAAAAGUGAACAUAACCCCACGAGUAUUGAGGAAGAUGAAUGGAGUGAGAAUGUUUGAUUGAAGCAGUGAGUUAUACUCAAGAGUGAGAAUAACAAAGUAAGGAGAUCAGAGCACUGACUGACAUAUGUGUCAGUACCAUCUGCAUGCCUCGUUUUGGUGAAUGGAUCUUUCUUUUGGUGUUCUUAUUUUUAUACUGAAAAAUGUUUUAAGCCAUCUUUGACAAAUAAGAUUUUACUGCUAAUAUUUUAACACCAGACAUUUACUGAAAUGUCUGUGGUUCAGUUAACCAAAGCAACAAGGCAUCAAAAUGGACAUGUGGAUACGUGUAUGGAGAUUGUUUAGUGGCGCCAAAAGGCACUUACUUUAAGACUGUAGCAUAUCUUAAAGUUUCUGACUAUAAGACUGCGUAGGGAUGUCUAAAGGUGUGCUUACGUAAAGGUCAUGCACUAAAGGGCACUCCAAUGUGGCAAGUGAGAGAGACACCUGCUUGGGGCUAAAUAUUAAAGGCCAGGAAUUAUUGUCGGAAUGAAUAAUAAGGAUAUGUAAUUGUAGGGAUUAUAUUGUUGUAUGCAAGUCAUGUUUUUGCAUUGUCAUUGAUCUAAAAUACAUCUCAUGCAUAAAUCAUUUUAUACUUCACUAA